AUGGCUGCGCACCUGAAGAAGCGCGUUUACGAGGAGUUUACUAAAACUGUUCAGCUCAGUCAGGAUGAGGCUCCGGCGAAGAGGCUGCGUCUGUCCAAACCCAGUAAGUCCGCUGCGCUGCACGUGGACCUGUGCAAGGCGGCCAGCUCCACCGACGCCCUCCAGCACCUGCUGCAGUUUGCCAGGCGCUCCGUGGAGGCCGAGAGCGUGGAGGGGGUCAUCCGCAUCCUGCUCGAGCACUACUACAAGGAGGUGGAUAACUCUGUGCGUCUGAAGAUUGCCUCUCUGAUCGGGCACUUGUCCAAAACGCCCGGCUUCAGGCCUGACUGCAUCGUGGAGGACACCAUCAACACACUCAGCACAGAGAAGUCCCACCAGGUGCUGUCCCAGCUGCUCCACGCCCUGCUGCUGAUUGGCUCUCAGCUCACGGACACACCUUCUGUCCGGCAGCGCCUGGUGCAGGUGUCCUGUCAGCAUCUUUCCGACACAUACUUCGGAGUGAGGAACAACUGCCUGCAGCUGCUGGGCUGUGUGGGUCUGACCUGCUCUGCUUCAGUUCUGGACAAAGACGCUCUGGCCACAGGACAGAAGGAUGUUCAGGGCAUCAUCAGUGACUACUUUGGAGACCAGGACCCUCGAGUGCGAACAGCUGCUCUCAAAGCCAUGCUGCAGCUCCACAGCAGAGGCAUGACCAUCCAGCAGGACAUCUAUGACCAGGCGUGCAGGCUUCUGUCUGAUGACUUUGAGCAGGUGCGCUCAGCCGCUGUGCAGAUGGUGUGGGUGCUCAGCCAGCUCUACCCCGAGAGUAUUGUGCCGAUUCCUUCUUCUAACGAGGAGAUCCGUCUGGUGGACGAUGCCUUUGGAAAGAUCAGCCACAUGGUCAGUGACGGCUCCUGGAUGGUGCGAGUCCAAGCUGCUAAAACCCUGGGGAACAUGCUGCAGGUCAGCCCACACUUCCUGGAGCAGACGCUGGACAAGAAGCUCAUGUCAGACCUGCGGCGUAAGCGCACUGCACAUGAAAGGGCCAAGGAGCUGUUUACCUCUGGAGAGUUCUCGUCUGGGAGGAAGUGGGCAGACGACGCCCCCAAAGAGAAGCUGGACACCAACACUGUGAACCUGAUGGCGUCAGGGGCCUGUGGGGCCUUUGUGCACGGGCUGGAGGACGAGAUGUUCGAGGUGAGGAUCGCUGCGGUGGAGGCUCUGUGCCAGCUGGCCCGCUCCUCUGCCAGCUUUGCAGAGAAGUGCCUGGACUUUCUGGUGGAUAUGUUCAAUGACGAGAUAGAAGAGGUCCGGCUGCAGUCAAUCCAUGUCUUGAGAGAGAUCUCCACCCACAUCACCCUGAGGGAGGACCAGCUGGACACAGUGCUGGCAGUCCUGGAGGACUCGUCCCGGGACAUCAGGGAGGCUCUGCACGAGUUACUCUGCUACACCAAUGUGUCAACCAAAGAGUGCAUCCAGCUGGCUCUGCUGGAGCUGCUCAAAAACCUGAACAAAUACCCCACAGACCGCAACUCUGUGUGGAAGUGCCUGAAGUUUGUGGGCCAGCGCCACCCCACCCUGGUCCUGCCGCUGGUGCCCGAGCUCCUCAGCACACACCCGUACUUCGAUACUCCAGAGCCCGAUAUGGACGACCCCGCCUACAUAGCUGUUCUGGUGCUGGUGUUCAACGCAGCCCAGACCUGUCCCACGAUGCCCGCGCUCUUCUCAGACCACACCUUCAGACACUACGCCUAUCUGCGGGACAGUCUGUCUCACCUGGUGCCUCUGCUCACGCUCCCGGGCAGGAAGCAGCCGUACUGCCUGGAGACUGUGGCCUCAGCCUCAGCCUCUGCGUCUGUGGAGGCCGCUCAGCUCUUUCUGCAGCAGAGUUUACUCCGAGUGGAGAACACCCAGAACCUGGAGGCCGCAGGAGCUCAGGACCUGCUCAAUCUCACCAUACGAGACCUGCAGCGUGUGGGAGAGCUGCAGACGGAGCUGGCCGGAGCCGCUGACUUCUGUGCCACAUAUCUGCACUGCCAACUGCUGCUCAGCCAGAUGUCCCUGUGCUCUGUAGACCUGUCUGAGAUGUCCCUGUGCUCUGUAGACCUGUCUGAGAUGUUCCUGUGCUCUGUAGGCCUGUCUGAGAUGUCCCUGUGCUCUGUAGGCCUGUCUGAGAUGUCCCUGUGCUCUGUAGGCCUGUCUGAGAUGUCCCUGUGCUUUGUAGACUUGUCUGAGAUGUCCCUGUGCUCUGUAGGCCUGUCUGAGAUGUCCCUGUGCUCUGUAGGCCUGUCUGAGAUGUCCCUGUGCUCUGUAGACCUGUCUGAGAUGUCCCUGUGCUCUGUAGACCUGUCUGAGAUGUCCCUGUGCUCUGUAGGCCUGUCUGAGAUGUCCCUGUGCUCUGUAGACCUGUCUGAGAUGUCCCUGUGCUCUGUAGACCUGUCUGAGAUGUCCCUGUGCUCUGUAGGCCUGUCUGAGAUGUCCCUGUGCUCUGUAGGCCUGUCUGAGAUGUCCCUGUGCUCUGUAGACUUGUCUGAGAUGUCCCUGUGCUCUGUAGGCCUGUCUGAGAUGUCGUCCCUGUGCUCUGUAGGCCUGUCUGAGAUGUCCCUGUGCUCUGUAGGCCUGUCUGAGAUGUCCCUGUGCUCUGUAGGCCUGUCUGAGAUGUCCCUGAGUCUGAGAUACCUGUCUGAGAUGUCCCUGUGCUCUGUAGGCCUGUCUGAGAUGUCCCUGUGCUCUGUAGGCCUGUCUGAGAUGUCCCUGUGCUCUGUAGGCCUGUCUGAGAUGUCCCUGUGCUCUGUAGGCCUGUCUGAGAUGUCCCUGUGCUCUGUAGACCUGUCUGAGAUGUCCCUGUGCUCUGCUCUGCAGGAGAAGCUGUGGAGGACCGCCGUGCCCCUGUGCCUCAAACAGAACAACACGGCCACACAAGCCGCACAACAGAUGGUGGAGGAGACGUUCCGCCUGGAGUUCCUGUACAGUGGUCUGGAGAGCCGGCAGAUGGCUGCGCUGCACCAUGUGCGGCUGCAGGCGCGGGCUCUGCAGCUGCUGCUGUCUGCACGCACCAGGCAGGGCCUGGACUCUCUGGGCAGCAGCUGUGACCGGUUCCUGAUGGACAUUGACCAUUUUCAAAGGCUGUUCCUGAGCGAGCUGCCACAUCUGAAGGACACGUUUGUGGACAAGGUGCUGGAGCUGAGGCCCCGUCUGUCCAGCUGCGCUCCGGUGGAGGUGGUGAAGCUUCUGCAGAGCACGCUGAGACAGAGCGGGCUGCUGCUGCCCACACUGCCCCCUCAGAUCCAGAAGGCCACCGCGACCAUCAUAGAGCCGACAGGGGAGUCGGACAACCCGCUGCGCUUCACCUCCGGCCUGGUGGUGGCGCUAGACAUUGACGCGACUCUGGAGCACGUGCAGGAUCCGCAGAACACGGUCAAAGUGCAGGUGCAGUACCCGGAUGGGCAGUCCCACCUGAUCCACCCCAAACCGGGAGACUUCAGGAGGCCCGGCCCGUCCCGACACCGCCUCAUCACGCAGGUGUACCUGUCCCACACGGCCUGGACCGAGCCCUGUCAGAUCUCUGUGCGCCUCCUGCUGGCCUACAGCAGCACUGCGCCUGGGGGAGCAGAGUCCGAGGGCCCUCAGGCGGACAUCCAGGGCACCAUUCCCUUCAGCAAACCCGUCAAAGUGUUCAUCAUGCCCAAGCCCACGCGGCGAUAA